UUAUCUAACAAGCAGCAUGCAUCGGCAGGACGCGCUCCGCGCGUUUCGUCGGCCGUCUGACUCUGACGAUAGCGGUAUCUCAGAAGCCAAAAUACUAGUUCCCCCAGGCCGUCGACACUCUGCGACGCUUGUCAAAGACGCCCUGCAGCCCGAAGCUGCCUUCCAGAAACUUCAAGUGCGAAGAUAUUCCCUUGAAGAAACCGACAUAAAGGCAGAUUCGCGUCGUCGACACUCUUCGACGAAUACUAAAGGCACUCUGAUUUCUGAGACUCCUUCCGACAAUAUUCAAGUGCGACGAUUGUCUCUCGGAGAAGGACAGAGGCCGGAAAUGUACACCAUCAAGGAUAUCAACAUCACCAUCGGCGAUGAGAAGUUCAAGAUCAACACAGAAGAUCUGACUUCGACCGAGCAGAAAGAUCUCGAGAUCUCGACCAAGAUGAAAAUGGCCAAGGUUGACUCGAGCGGAGUUAUCCAGGACUCCCGGGUACAGAGUAUGAGGGACUCCGGGAUCGACAUCCGGGCGGAGUCGGAGGACAGUCUUCCGAACAGCGGAGACGACAGUAAGAUGGAGAUCGAAGUGGGCAAAAUCAAGCACGAGCUCGUGCCGAUCACAUCGCCGGAAGAAGGACACAGCGGUCCCCAAGCACCGACCCACAAGGAUAACAUCACCAUCCCGAUCGAGAUACGGGUGCCAGGGGGCGAAGGGCGGCAGAGCAAGUCGGCCCCACCGGCUCGUGACGAGCCCGCGCUCCCUGGCGGCCUCUCCCCGAGGAGCCGGAUCCCCGUCCCGGUGCAGACGGCGGACAUGAGCCGGGAGAACAGGGCAGACGUGCUGAACCGGGCAGAAAGGCUGCUGAGGGCUCAAGAGUCCAUGGAUCCCACACAGAACAAACAACACGCAAGUUUACCGAAGGCACCUGAGAACAACAGUCUUCACAUCGCACGGGUGGAACAUCCUCCAUAUAUCCCACCAAUUCUGCCGCCUUCAAAACCCGCCUAUCCAGAAAGCCGCCAAACCGUCACUACCAACAACCUCAACUCCGAGAGCGACUUCUCAGACGAUGACGACGAUCUCACGACGGCUCGAAGCGUCUUGGACAGUCGUCAGCCCCUCAACCAGCCCCGCCGGGCCCGGAGGGUGACGUUCUACCGCAACGGCGACCCACACUGGAAGGGCGUCAACUUCGCCAUCAAUAACAAACGGAUUCGCAACAUGGAAGCGCUGCUGAUCCUCCUGAGCGAGAAGAUUCCCCUCCCGUACGGCGUGCGUCACGUGUACACCCUGGGCGGCAAGCGGCUGACGGACCUGACGGAGCUGGAGCACGGCAAGUCGUACGUGUGCGCCUCCGGGGAGAUGGUGAAGGGAGUGGACUACGGCAGGAAGACCGAGCGCUACUGGCACAACAGGAAACCCACGGCGGGAAAACGUCGAGGAGAGAACUACCUCUACAAGGAAGACCCUGUGGACAGGCUCUCCAUAGACUCCAGACAGAGCAUGAUGAGUGAUCAGCUCUCUCCGCGGAGCAAGCCCAGAGUCAUCACCAUUAUCUCCAACACGCACAGGGACUCGCGCGGGAAGAUAUUACUCAACCCACGAACAUCCCAGAACUUUGAGGACAUCCUGAAGGACAUGACGGGCGCCAUCAAAAUGACCAACCCUCCCAUCGAGGCGCUCUACACAUUCUCAACAGAACAAAAGGUUCAGGGGUUUGGCCAGUUGUUCCGUGAGUUCAGAGAUUGUGACAUCUUCAUAGCCUGCGGCUCGGAGUCCCUGAAAAGAGGCCCGCCCAGCAGCGAGGGGUACAAGUCUGACGCGCCUGCGCAUGCACAGUACGAUCAUACCCAGCCCAUCAAACAGUCCACUAGGAAAACACAGACACCUCAGAAACAACAGAUGAGCGGAUCCUCCAGCGACAGUGGAGAAGAUAGCCUCACCCCACCACCACCCAGCCAGGCCUACAGAUCGCGCAGGCGCAGUGUGCAGUCCAACGCCACACAGACAGACAUCGAGGCCGAUCCCAAACCACUUGACGACUUCGCGGACAACUCCAUAGACACGUUGGCAGUCCAGGACAGUGAUGACCCCUACGUGACGUCACCUGUAGCCUCAGAAGACGACGUUGUGCGCAUGGCCAUCCAUGGCAGACGGCAGACGUUCUUCCGACCAACGAGCUACGACAAGACAUACGUGAAUCCCGGCAGCAGACCCAACAAGAAACUCAAGCUAGAAUGGGUUUACGGGUACCGUGGGUACGAUGCUCGGGACAACCUGUGUGUUCUGCCGUCCGGAGAGCUCAUGUACUUCGUGGCUACCGUCGUCGUCAUGUACAAUCCGCGCAAGGAAACACAACGACACUACAUCGGACACACAGAAGACAUACAAUGCAUGUCCCAUCAUCCUAGUGAGCAGUAUGUUGCAACGGGACAAAUGGCGGGGCAGUUGCCGGAUGCGCACGCACACAUCAGAGUUUGGGAUCACGUGACACUCAACACCUUGGCCGUUAUUGGACUGGAAACCUUCCAGAAUGGUAUCUGCUGUCUCGGAUUCUCCAAACAGAACCAUGGUAACUACCUGAUGGCCGUGGACGAGGGAGACAACCACGUGCUCAGCGUGUGGGACUGGCAGGCAGACAAGAUCGUCGCCAAAACAAAGACUCACCCCGACACAGUGGUACUUGGAGCCUUCCACCCGCACGAGGACAGCAUCCUCAUCACGGCAGGGAAACAGCACAUGUACUUCUGGAAGAUGGUCGGUGGCAAGAUCCUCAGGGACAAGAAGAGCGGAGUGUUUGAGGGCGAGAAGCCGAAGUUCAUUACCGGCAUGGAGUUUUCUGCAACUGGUGACGUCAUCACGGGAGACUCUAGCGGGAACAUCCUGGUGUGGUCACGUGACGACAGCAAUAUCUUCAAUCUCCAGCACGCUAUCAUGCGCGCGCACGAGAAGAGCGUGUUCACACUGCGCAUGCUCUCGGACGGGACCCUUCUGUCCGGUGGCGGGGUGGACCGGAAGUUGGUGGCGUGGGACUCCCUGAGGGGGUACAUCCCGGCAAAGGCGGAGAGACAGCUCUCCGAAGCGAAUGGCGGUAUCCGGACCAUUGUUGAGCAGAACGCAGGGCAGGCAGACGGUCUGCUGUACCUGGCCACGUCCAACAACCUCAUCAUACAGGGGUCCCUACAGACCAAGUUCACCACUGUUAUUCAGGGCCACAGUGAGGAGCUGUGGGCUCUGGCUGUCCACCCACACGAGCACGCUUUCCUGACGGCGGGUUAUGACAACCACGUCUGUCUGUGGUCAUCAGCCACACACAAACUACUGUGGAGGGUCUCUGUGGAGAAACCUUGCCUGUCUGCGACGUUCUCCCCCAACGGUGCUUUAGCGGUUGUGGGCACGACCGUCGGCCUGUUUGUCGCCCUGAACGCGUAUGACGGCUCCCUGGUCGCCUCCUUCCAAGUCGGCACAGAACAGCUGGACGCCAUCAGGUUUUCACCAGACGGCAGCCUCCUGGCCAUGGGUUCCCAUGACAACACCAUCUACCUCUUCUCUGUGCUAGACGACGGGCGGACAUUCCGCAAGGCGGCGCUGUUGAAGGGACACAAAAACUUCCUGACUCACAUCGACUGGUCGUCAGACGGGAGGUACCUACAGAGUGUGGACGGAGACUACGAGCUCCUCUUCUGGAAGGUGGAUGAAAACCGCCGUGAGAAUCCAGCCGUGACGAGAGACGUGACAUGGCACACACAGACAUGCAUCCUGGGAUACAACGUGCUGGGAAUCUGGCCAGCCAGAGAAAACGGAAUUGACAUCAACACAGUCAGCCGCUCGGAGUCAGGGGAUCUUCUUGCUGUCGGAGAUAGUCAGGGGUUCCUGAAACUCUACAGAUAUCCCUCCACACAGAAAAAGGCACAGAGUCACCAGUGGAAGAUGUGCAGCAGCAACGUCACGAAUGUCAAGUUCCUGUACGAUGACGGCUACCUGCUGACUACGGGCGGCAUGGACGCUGCGCUGAUGCAGUGGGCCGUGCAGGUGACAGAAGGCAUCAACAGGAACAGGGCAAAGCGCUACUGAGCUGAAACAAGGAGGUCCAAAUCUCCAAAUCUCCAUCUCCACUUUACAACAGUGAAAUCUCGCGAUGACAGUAAAAUCUCACGAUAACAGUAAAAUCUCGCGAUGACAGUGAAUCUCGCGAUGACAGUGAAAUCUCACGCCUAGCGAUGACGGUGAACUCUCGUCAGACCUUGUCAGCACCGUAGACCUUAGUAAGACAACUGACUUUCCAUUUAAAGUCAACGAUACCACAUCUUCUUCAAGUCAACAGUGCAACUGCUAUUCUCUGAAAGUUUUUCGUCUUUUUUGUACGGUGAAUAUUGAAUCCCACAUGAC